AUGGCUUCUGAGGAGCGUAAGAAAGAACUUAGGGAAAAAAAUAUUCUGUCAUGGUAUCUUGAGGAUGAUGAAUUAUUCUUUUCCUCGGGGAAAUAUGACACAUCCUUGAAGAAGAAUAACUCCUUCAUUAAAAGAAUAAAGCAAUCAAUCACAAAGGAAAACCAAGAGGCAAUAUUGAAUGAUAUCCAUACGCUAUCUCUUGAGAAGUAUCUAACUGAAAUUAUUCAUGCCUUGAGUGAAAGCUUGACAAAGUGUGUGAAAGGUGACGAUGUCGCUGCAGCAAUUGAAAUAAUAUCAGCUCUUCAUCAAAGAUUCACAUGGAAGUUCACCCCAUUCAUUCAGCAAAACAUAUUGGCGGCCUUUGUUAAUGAACCGAAUGUCCUCAAGAAUCAAGAUGCUGAAUUUGACGCAAAUAUCAAAUUGAGCAAGCGAGAUCUUGAAAGAAUAUCACUUCAAAAGAUUUAUCUAAGGCUAUUUAUGGAAUGUUACUUUGUUGGUCUUUUUGAUAGAGUAGAGACAUCUUCAAUAGAUGAGUACCCUCCUUUUAUUUCUCAGGUGUACAUUUCACUUAGAAAAAAUGGCGAGCUGUUGAAUGCUAAUGAUAUUUUAAUAGUGGUGCUCAAGGAUAUUUUACAUUAUGAACCAAGAUUCGGUUCAAAUAUUGGCAUCAUCUCAAGUUUCUUGAAGCGCUAUGGAGAAAUGUUCAGCAGCUCAACACUUUCUGCUCAAGAGAAUUAUGAUGAUCUGUUUCCGUUACCUGUGAGAGAAGAAUUGAAUCAUUUAUUCCUCAAUUAUGGGAAAAUCUUCCAAAAGUACACCAUAAAGUUGUAUCAACAAUUAUACAAGUUGAAAUUCAGGAUCAAAAAAUCGAGUAUAAGGAUGGGAAAAAUUUCAGAAGAAUUGAACAAUUCUUUAGAGUUGCGCAUAGAAUUCUUUGAAAGAUAUCAGGGUUUGUGUGAUUUGAUGGAUAGUAUCCUACAUCUAGGCCCACUAAUGUUGCCCGUUUUGGAUGAAAACCUUCUAAGUGAUGAUGAGGAUGGAGAAACAAAAAUCACAGUGGGAAACAGCAAUGACACCAAUCCAAACGUCAGUGAGAAUGGGAUUACAAUCUGGCAAAAUGAUGAAGAAAGAGAAUUUUACACGUAUACUUACGAUGUCAAGGAAAGGCUCUCUGAAGACUUGUUUGUUGAAAUAGGCUCAGAUAAAGGUGAAGAAAUGACCAAAUUCAUCAAUGAUUUGGAAGAUUGUGAUUCCAAGAAACUAAUUGAUGAGCUCAGUUUGGAAUAUUGGACAAGACAAAUGAAUAACAAGGCCUCUAGAAAUAGGCUCUUGAGAGUUUUCCUUGAUUGUGAGGAAAUCAACAAGAUGAAAUAUUAUGGUAGAUUUUUGGCUAAUAAUAGAGAUGUUUUGAAUGAAUUAAAGGAUCAGUUGGUGGAAAAAUUGGAUAGUUCUUUCAGGUUUUUGAUCUAUAAUGGCCAGACUUCAAACAUGGAGCAAGUUGGGCGAGUCAAUAUCAAGAAGGUUUACUUCUUUAAUGAGUUAAUCAAGUUUAAUUUAGUGGAAAUACAUGUGGUAUUCCAUAAACUUCGAUCAAUGAUUUUGAAUUUGAACUCAAAAUCUAGCAAUAUUGAUAUCUUGAAUAUUUAUUUUGAUCAAUGCGGAAGAUUCUUAUAUUAUGUUAAUGGUAAAGAGUCAAAAAUAUUGAUGGAAGAAAUGUUAGAUUUAUUAAAAACUAAAAAAAUGGAAGACAAAAAGUUAUCAAUGAAUGACAAAAUGGCAAUCGAUAGUUUGUUGUUGAUUAUUAACCCACCAUCAAUCAAGGCCCUUAAUGAACAAAAUCUUCUAAAUCAAGAUAAUGAGGAGGCUACUUUCACCAUGGAAAUGAAAUUUAUUAAGCAUUUGAUCCAAAAAGAGAUGAGCGAGACUACCUGGCGUCACAUUGCCUUGAUCAUUUUAAAAUUAGAUUUGACAGAUUUUGAGAAUUUUGAAUUUUUAGAGAAGAUCUUUUCCAAACCUGAGGCUGUGAAUUUUGAAAAUAUUAGAUAUUUGGCAAAAAUGCUACUUUUCUUCAAGCGAGAAAACAUUUCGAAAACAUUGUUUGUAUUUAUUUUGGAUAAUAUUUUAGAAUAUAUCCAGAGGGGCUUGGAAAUCAAUAAUUAUAAGUACAAUAGAAUAAGAAUGGCUACGAUCAAGUAUCUUGGUCAUCUUUUGAAUUUGAUUUUCAGUGAUUACAAUGAAAGUGAAACUAAUGAAUCUGAAUUCAUCUCUUUUUCACAGAUAUUAUUUAAAACAUGUUAUAAGUUGAUUGGUUUUGGUUACCCAAGUCCUGGCCCGAAUUUACCCAAAUUGCCUAUGAGAAAUUUCUUUAAUGCUUCAGAUUCACCAGAUGAUUAUUUUAGAAUAAAUCUUUUAAUAACAUUAUUAGACACCUUCAAGAACUCCACAUUGAUGAGAAGAAUUAUUGAGGAGAAUGUCAAUCAACGGCCUGGAGGCCUUGAUGAGUCUGAGUUACAAUUCCUGAAACAGUUUGGGACAUUGUUGCUAUUCAUCAAUUAUUAUGUUCUUGUCAAAAGUCAACCCGUUCCAAAAGAUAUAAAUUUCAAGAUUGUAACAUAUUUUGAAUCUUUAAGUGAUGAGGGGUUUUAUGAAUACAGUAGUGACUUGAAUAACAUUAUGCAAUUGCUUGGUGAGCAUUUCCGGACGUUAACAGGAGUCAAAAUUACUCAACCUACUGAUAAGAACAAUGACAAUGUUGCCAAAAAUAGCUAUAAUCAUGUCAAUCACAUAGGUGAUUCCCAGCGCCCCAUGAAGAUAAGGCCAACUGGUCAUUCUACACACCGAAUUCAGAAGGUUGAUGCCAACGACCCUAGUGCUAUGCCAAUUACUUUAUCGAGUAAUGAUAACUGUGAGGAUAAUGAUGAUGGAUAUGUUGAUAACGUUGAUGAUGACGACGAUGAAUAUGAUGACGACGAUGAAUAUGACGAUGAUGAUAAUAGUGAUUAUGUUGAUGAUAAAGAAUUGGAUAAAAAGUUACAAAAGAAGUUUGAUCAAGAAAUCGAUGCUCAAUUGAAUAAAAUGAUUCUUCUUGGUAUUGAGUCCAGAAGACAAGUGGAUGUCCAAGCCGAAGGUUUGGGCUCGCUUAGGGGUGUAAAGCCUAUUAAACCACCAGGAAAACUUUUAAUGAAUCAAAAUUCGAAGAAGGUUGCGUUCUCAUUGGUCACUAGAGGUAAGGAUAAUGGUGAUCCUUCAAUCAAAAAUAUCAAGAUUUCAAGAGAUGAGAGGAUUGUUCUGGAAAAGCUUGAAGCAAUUAAGAAAAUACGAGAUGAGAAGGAUAAACUCAAAGAAUUUGUGUUGAGGUCGCAAAAUAUCCUGGAAAAUGGUGAUGGUUUUCCUGAUGAUGGACCGGUUAAUAUUGUGAAAGGUGGGAUUCUUUUAAAUAGGCCACUCCCGACUAAGAAGAAGAACUACUAA